AUGCACUUCAUAGGAUCCAAUCCAGAGGACAUUGAAUCUAGCAGUAGUGAUACCAAUAUUGAUAUUGACAAAGAAGAUCAAGGAGACGAAGGGGAUGAGGGGGAUGAAGGAGAUGCAGGAGAUGAAGGAGACAAACGAGAGAAUGAUGAAUCACAGGAGUUUGGUUGGGGGGGAGCUCACCAAUGGCAGAAAGAACAUCCAGGCUUUUCGGCUGAAGCACUCCCUACUCAGGCUCAAGUUGCUUGCCCUCUGACACCAGAUUUUGAGUUCCAAUACUCACACGAUGAAGAUGAAGAUUCUGCCCAGGUGUGUCUCAACAACAAUAACCAGCCUCUGGACACCUUGCCGGGAGUACACCAGGAACAGUCAGAUACUCAGCCUGACAACAUAUUGAAGCACCAUCAUGAUAAGAACAGUCAGCCUCGCCUUCCCAACCCUGAAUUCCUCCAGCUGCUCAAUGAAGUGAUGAAGUCUGUCGACCAAGCACAGGGCCGGCCACACACCAAAAAAUCCAAGGGAUCUGACAGUGGGCUAAGGCCUGACCAACUGGCUUGGUAUGGACCAUGCUGGAAAAUUUUCCUCGAGGAGGCCAAAGGAGAGUGUCGCGGGCAGCAUGCACUAGAAAAUCCAUUUCCACCUUUGGUCAAGGGGAUGCCAGGAACGAUCUCCAAAGUCUUACUUUCAGUUUUGGUCAUGUGGGACAAGAACAGUAGACAACUUGAAGCUGGGGUUUGGCCAGAGCAGCAGUAUAACAUGACACAUUUGUUGUACGACAACCUGUCGACUUGGCGGUCCAACCUGAAGAAGACUGUGAUAAGCAUUGCACCACUAUCAUACUCGCUUUUGCCUCUGCCAUCUGUUCCUCUUCAACAACAUGCAACUUGGAUCGAAAAUGCUGCUAAAGAUUUACUUGGGGGUGGUUUAUAUUUACGGUUUGGAAUAGACCAGAAUAUCAACAGGGGAGAACAAUGA